AUGUACUUCAACAAGCAAGUCAUCGCAUUCGUCGGCCUCCUCGCCUCGUCUGCCUCUGCCUCUGAUGUCUACUCGUUGUUUUACGACGGCACCGGCGCAUCAGUCUCCAGCACCAACUUCGACGUCGGCAAUACCGGUUGCUUCUCAGUCCCCAACGCCGUUCAAGUCGCCUUCGACCAAGGCGGAGUGGUAUUCGGCGGUACAGCGGCAGGCCCCUACUGCUUGUAUGCUUACCCGUCCGGCGGCUGCGGCGGAGCUCCCACGACACAGGGAUUUUCCAACGUCGAUAUCACCCAGGAGACCAAAUACCGCCUGAACAAUGGAGUCUCCAACCAGCCUUCUUACCACUGGGCGCCAAACGCUUGCUAG